GCUCUACCAGCUGUCCUCGAGCUGUGCAAGCCUCUGAGCAAAGAAGCCGCUUCCCACUGGAAACCACUCCAUACUCUGAUCAGCCUGCUCUCACACACAUCGGCGACAAUCUCCAAGAUGGCGUCCGCUGUUCCUGUUGGCGUCUACGGACGUCGCAUUCCGGCUGGAGGCAUUCCAAUCGUGGCUGCUCUCGACCAGUCUACCACAUUCAGAAUUACCAUGGCUGCUAUCGACCCAGAUGCGGAGCCCCAGUUUGACGAGGACCACAAGCAUGCUCGCGCAACCCUCAAGCUCAUCCGUAUGCCUGAGGACUAUGACAUGGAUGAUGAUGAAGACGACGAGGACUACGAGGAGGGUGACAUCGAGGCAAUUGCUGCUCGUCUGCGUGCCGCUGGUGCGCUCCCCGAGCUUGACUCUGACAUGUCCGACGACGACAGCGAGGAUGAGAAGAACGGCGGCCCCAGCGACCCUGCCAAGUCGAAGAAGGCUAAGCAAGCUGCUCUUACAAAGAAGAUGCAGGAAGAGCUUGAGGCCGACGACAUGGAAAUUGACGGUAUGACCAACGGCGCCAAGGGCAAGGCCAAGGGCAAAGCCAAGGCCACUGAAGACGAUCUGAGCGACGAGGACGACGAGGACGAUGAUGACGACGACGAGGACGACGAGCCUGAAGAGCUUGUUCUCUGCACUCUUGACCCCGAGAAGCACUACCAGCAGCCUCUUGACAUCACUGUCCGUCAGGGCGAGGAGGUCUACCUCUGUGUCAACGGUACUCACGACGUCUAUGUCACUGGUAACUACCUUGCGUUCCCUGAUGAGGACGACAGCGAGGAUGAUGAGGAUGACGGUCUUGAUGAGCUUGGCUAUGACCUGUCUCCCGACGAGGAUGAGCUUGACGACAUUGACGAGUCAGAGGACGACGAGCUUGAUGGCAUGGCCGACCCCAGGAUCACCGAGGUUGACAGUGACGAGGAGGAGGUGCCCAAGCUAGUUGACGCCGGCAAGAAGAACAAGAAGCGCGCUGCUGAGCCUGAGGACGAUGCUACGCUUGACGAUAUGAUCAGCAAGACCAACGGCGAUGCUAAACUUAGCAAGAAACAGGCAAAGAAGUUGAAGAAGAACGAUGGCCAAGCUGCUGCUGGUGCCGCCCAGCCAGAGAAGAAGGCCGAAAAGGUUGAGAAGAACGAUACCCCCAGCAGCGACAAGAAGAAGGUUCAGUUCGCUAAGAACCUCGAACAGGGCCCAACAGGCUCCCCCAAGGUCGAUGCGCCCAAGCCUGAGGCAAAGAAGGAGGCCGCCAAGGGACCUCGCAACGUCAGCGGUGUUACCGUUGAUGAUAAGAAGGAGGGCAAGGGCAGGGCCGCCAAGAAGGGUGACCGUGUCGAGAUGCGCUACAUUGGCAAGCUGAAGAACGGCAAGGUUUUUGACUCCAACAAGAAGGGCAAGCCCUUUUCCUUCAAGCUCGGUGUCGGUGAAGUCAUCAAGGGCUGGGACGUUGGUGUCGCUGGCAUGGCCCCUGGUGGUGAGCGCCGGCUCACUAUCCCUGCCGCCCUGGCAUAUGGCAAGAGGGGCGCUCCUCCGGACAUCCCACCCAACUCUGACCUGAUCUUCGACAUCAAGUGCAUCUCUGUCAGCUAAAGUAUCGAAUUCCUGUAUUUGUCCAGCUAUGCGCACCAGGCUCCACUUCGGUCCUAUAUCAGGCCACGAUUAGACUCCACUCCUGUGCAGGGCUCCGCCAGCCUGCGUGCGUUGGCGCAUUUUCCAUGUUUCCUAUUCAGUCAACUUUUCGUAUGCAUAGCGCGUCGUCUGAGAUAUCCGACUUGCAUAGUCUGGGUUGCGUCAUUAGAUAUGUGCAAGGAGGAAGGAUCUCUCAGUCCUCUUCGCCAUGGUUUCCUUCCACGGGUCAUCUGUAUGAGAUAUAGCGAGGCGAAGUUAGCACAAGGUCAAAUUUCGCUAAGGAAGCUAUUUCCAAAAGUUAAUAGUGUUUCAUGUCGACGCUUACACCGGUACGUA